UGCGCGCGCACAAGCACACGCUGACGCUGACGUCACUGCUGACGCAAUUACGUAUUCGCAUCAAAAUGGCAGCAGGGACAGAACACGGGCUGAAGAAAAUAGUUUGGCAAAAAAUCAAGGACACUAUUAUCGCAGACUGCAAAAAAUCAGAAGUAUGGAAGAUAAUGAUGCUGGACAGCUUCACCACACGCCUCCUGUCUUCGUGCUGCAAAAUGUCUGACCUGAUGCCUGAAGGCAUAACGAUCGUGGAAGAUUUGUUCAAAAACAGAGAGCCGGUCCUGGAGAUGAAGGCGAUCUACUUCAUGUCUCCUACUGCUAAGUGUGUAGAUGUACUCAUAAACGACUUCAAGCUCAAGCCCAAGUACAAAGCCGCGUACAUCUACUUUACAGACUACUGUCCAGACGACCUGUUCAACAAGAUGAAACUGUUCUGUGCAAAACACAUCAAAGUGUGUAAAGAGAUCAACCUCUCCUUCCUUCCCUUAGAGAGUCACGUGUUUACUUGUGGUAAACCUGAGGCCUUCAAAAGCAUCUACGGUUGUAACAGUCAGGAUCGAGGGCUAACCCUAGAGGGCAUCGCCGAUCAAAUCGUCAGCCUGUGCGCCACCCUGGACGAGUACCCUGGCGUCCGAUACAGGAAGGAUUCGGUUUUGGAUUGCACCAAAUUGCUGGCCGAGCUCGUCGACAAUAAACUAGUGCGACAUUACGAGCUGGACGACAGCAGCAAGAAGAAGGAAAAGACACAAGCUCAGCUAAUCAUCAUCGACCGCGGGUUUGACCCUGUGAGCCCGAUACUGCAUGAGCUGACCUACCAGGCCAUGGCUUAUGACCUCAUCCCCAUCAACAAUGACACCUACAGGUACAAAGGGAAGGACGGAUCAGAAAAAGAAGCCUUACUGAAUGAAAGCGACGAGUUAUGGAUGAGACUGCGACACAUGCACAUCGCUGAGGUCACUGCGCAAAUUCCAAAGCUGGUGAAGGAGAUCUCUGCUCACAAGAAGCAGCCGGAUGGGAAGAUGUCGAUAGGAGGAUUGGCAGACCUCAUGAAGAAGAUGCCCUCCUUCCGUAAACAGGUCUCUCAGAAAACGGUUCAUCUCUCUCUAGCGGAGGAUUGCAUGAACAAGUUCCAGAGCUCGGUGGAGAAGCUGUGCAAAGCGGAGCAGGACCUUGCCAAUGGUUCUGAUGUAGAAGGUCAGAAGGUGAAGGACCCCAUGAGGACGCUGCUGCCCAUCCUGCUGCACCAACACAGCAUCCACGACAAGAUCCGCGCCGUGCUGCUCUACAUCUUCAGCCUCAACGGGACGACCGAGGAGAACCUGAAUAAGUUAAUUCAGCACGUGAAGAUCGAGCACGAGCCGGAGUACAUCAACAACUGGAAAGAGUUAGGGGUGCCGAUCAUCAGCUCGUCGAGUCUGUUCUCUUUCCGGAAGUCGUCUAGAAGAGAUCGCUCUCAGGAAGAGACGUAUAACCUCUCACGAUGGACGCCAGUUAUCAAGGAUGUGAUGGAGGAUGUGGUGGAGAAUAAGCUGGACACAAGAGAUUGGCCACACCAGUCCGAGUGUCCCUCGGCGUGGAACGGAUCCCGGGCUGUGAGCGCAAGGCAGAAACCUAAGCCGAACUCGCCGGACGACCACAGGAACGGCUCCCGCCUCAUCAUCUUCAUCCUGGGCGGCGUCAGCUACUCGGAGAUGCGCUGUGCGUACGAGGUCACCAAAGCCAACAAGUCCUGUGAGGUUAUCAUCGGUUCCACUCACGUCCUGACUCCCACCAGCCUCCUGGAGGACAUUCGAGACCUGAGCAAAAAACCUAUGGAGACUUUCACAAUAGUGGAUGAGAGAGCCAGCUGCUGAGCAUCGCGUCAUCAGAAAGCCUCACACACCCUCUCCUCAUCCUCCUAAUGCCUUAAUCUCCCCCACACCUUUUCUCCAAGCACUCAGAGUCUCUGUUACAGGAUUAAAGGGAACGCAGUUAUGAUCAGUUUUAAGGGCCGCCUUCAUUUCUUUUACAGACUACACACCUGGGACAGGUACUCACAAGCUGAGAGACCACCUGUCUCAAGUGUGUGAGGCUGUAAUAGAAGAAAUGGUCAGACUGAAGGGGGAUCCAUGAGAACCGGAGCACUCUUCAUACAGCUUGAACAUAAUGUCAGGCUCAGGAUUCAUGAGAAACGUUUGCUCUCUGAUUGGCUUCACAUUGUUCGAGUUGUGUGAAGAUGCCAUCCAUUAAAGGGACGCUUCAGGGUCCGAGCCAUUGUACACCAUCUUCCUCGACGUUCGGGGUCUGAUUUUGGCUUCCUCAAAUGUUCACAUGCAAAAAAAAAUUAAAAGAUCUCUUUCGUAAAAUAUCAGGAAGAAAUUUUUACUUGUGUUGUGAUUAUAAGUUUAUAGAAGAAGUCCGUUAUCUUUACAUUUCAACAAUUCUGAUAUAACUGUGUCAGAAGGUAUUAUAGGAUUAGUUUCUCACCCUUUCUAACACUCGGUCGUAUCUAUAGUAACUGGAGUCUCCAGUAUCAGUGCCUUAAUAAACUACGGACACGUCGUCUGACAUGGUGUACAAUUGAAGUUUCGCUCAGUGUCACGACGAAGCUGAUCAUUCCUGUUUGUAUUUAGUGGACACAUUACGCUCAAGAUGGCAUCUUCUGUACUUAUUAACCUCCUGUUUUAUUUGUACAUUACACUAUAUUACCAUUACAGUUCAUACCGCUGACUUCCUGUCGUUCGGUCUGUAAUAAUCUCUGCACUGUUGUUUGCGUAACUACUUCACCGUGUGCACACUCGGAUGGAAGAGUCCCGACCCGGUCGGUGAUUAGAGAAGACCUCACUGGAGCAGAAUUAAUGCAGCGUAUAGAUUUGUUUAAACAUGUUAACGAUAACUUCAUACCGAGGAAAGAUCUCACCAUUGUGCCUGCUUUAGCGCUCCAGCGUAGACAACUGCGGUUCUUGUCCUCUUUUUUUUCAGGCUACUCACUAAAAUAUAAAACUAGAAACUUAAGCACAAAGAGACUGAGACUGGUUUUUAGAACUGGAACAGGAUUAAGCCUUAAUAUAGUCAAUCGGUUGAAACAUUAAGUGACUAAAAACUUUGACUUAUUACUGACAUUAGCCUCAGAUUAUUACAGGUAUUAACGCUCUUUCUGUCAUAACAGGAUAAUUCACAUAUUACAGACAUGUUCGUAUUUCCCAAACCAGCUCUGGACCUUCACUUGUGUGCCUUGUGUUUAAUUGCAUGUACAGAUACUAUAGGUGCCUGCUAGGAAUAACCAGAUUUGUGUUUGCUUUGUUGUAACUAUACACCAUAAUGAAUAAUAUAAUGCUUUUGUUGUUGUUGUUGUAAUUAUUAACAACUUUCUACUGAACAAAUGACAAGUAAAUGAAUGACACGA